AAAAAAAGAAAAAAAGAUUUUUCAUAGGAUACAAAAGAAACACAAUCAAAAGUAUGCAAUGUCUGAACUGUAUACGAUAGUAUACUUCUUUUUUUUUAAAAAAAAAAAAAAAAGGACUCAUACUGAGUGGUUUCAUGUUGAAUCAGUUGGGUAUGAAAAAUAAAAGACAGCCUUCAUCUCUGGUUUUUUUUUUCUUUCUUUCUUUCAGUCAACAGAUAUGGGACAAACACUUUCUGAACCUAUUGUUGAGAAGACAACACAUGAAGGAAAGAACAAGCAUCUGUUGUACAGUCUUUCUUGUAUGCAAGGAUGGAGACUCACUAUGGAAGAUGCACAUUGUGCUGAACUUGAUUUGAACGGCACAAACGCGUGCUUCUUUGGUGUUUAUGAUGGACAUGGAGGUUCAACAGUGGCUCAAUAUACAGGACAAACACUCCAUCAACGCGUAUUGGAGUCAUCUCAUUUUGAUUCAAGGGACUAUGCCAAGGCCAUGGUUGAAGCCUAUCUUCAGCUUGACAAGGAAUUGAUGGAAGAUCAAAAUUUCACGUAUGAUCCUUCUGGAUGUACAGCAGUUACUGCUCUUUUUGCACCUGAUCAGAAAUCAAUUGUUGUGGCCAAUGCAGGUGAUUCUCGAUGUAUUAUCAGUACUGCUGGUAAAAGCAAACCAUUAUCGUAUGAUCACAAGCCUGGCGAUGCUAAAGAAAAUCAACGUAUUAUUAAUGCAGGCGGCUUUGUAGAGUUUGGCCGAGUAAAUGGUAACCUUGCACUUUCUCGUGCUAUUGGUGAUUUUGAAUUUAAACAAAACUCGACCUUGUCUCCUGAAGAACAAGCCGUCACUUGUUAUCCAGAUGUGAUUGAACACACCGUGACAGAAGAAGACGAAUUUGUAGUGUUAGCGUGCGAUGGUAUUUGGGAUUGCUUGACAAACCAACUUGUCGUCGAUUUUGUCCAUCAACAUCUUGCACAGAAAAUGAAAUUAGAUGAAAUAUGUGAGCAAAUGAUGGACCAUUGUCUUGCACCAGACAGUGAUGGAGGUGGUGUAGGUUGCGACAAUAUGUCUGUGAUUAUUGUUGCCAUCUUGAAUGGCAAGACAGAAGAAGAAUGGUACGAAUGGAUGGCAAGUCGUGCUACUCCUAAAAAAGACGCAUUAGGCAAUGAUAUAGAUACCAAUAGUUCUAAAGUUGUUUAAUACAUGUUUAUUUUUUAAUAU